GUUAAAAGGCUGAAGAAUCGUGUACCAGGCAGACAGAACUGAAGUACCGGGGCCUCUUCCUCUGAGCCCGAAAUCAGUAGGUGACCCCGCCCCCUGGAUUCUGGAAGACACCAUGGGACGCCCCCCACCCCUUGCAGCUCUUUACUGGAGGAUCCUGCUCUUGCUGCUGGGAGCCUGGGCAGGCUGCACCAAGGCACAGGGGUCCAAGAUCCUGGAGGGCCAGGAGUGUGAAGCCCACUCUCAGCCCUGGCAGGCGGCCUUGUUCCAGGGCCAGCGACUGCUCUGCGGGGCUGUCCUUGUUGGUGCCAACUGGAUCCUCACAGCUGCCCACUGUAAAAAAAUGAAGUACACAGUGCGACUGGGUGACCACAGCCUGCAGAGUAAAGACGGGCCCGAGCAGGAAAUCACAGUGGCUCAGUCCAUCCAACACCCCUGCUACAACAGCAGCGACAUGGAUGACCACAGUCACGAUCUGAUGCUCAUCCGACUACGUGGUCGAGCAUCCCUGGGGCCCAAAGUGAAGCCCAUCAACCUGGCGGAUAAAUGCGCCCAUGUGGGCCAGAAGUGCACUAUAUCGGGCUGGGGCACUGUCACCAGCCCCCGAGAGAACUUUCCUGAUACCCUCAACUGCGCAGAAGUGCAAAUCUUUUCCCAGAACAAGUGCGAGGCUGCCUACCCAGGGCAGGUCUCAGAUGGCAUGCUUUGCGCGGGCAACAGCAACGGGGCUGACACCUGCCAGGGCGACUCGGGAGGCCCGCUGGUGUGCGACGGCCUGCUCCAGGGCAUCACGUCGUGGGGCUCGGACCCCUGCGGGCGGCCCGAGAGACCUGGUGUCUACACCAACCUCUGCCGCUACCUGGACUGGAUCAAGAAGACCAUGGGAAAGAGGGGAUGAUCCUGGGGGGACCCCGGGCCUCCUUUAAUAAACUCACGAGACUGGCUGGCUUCUUGCUUGUCUGUGCUUUGCCUGCCGGGGAGGGGGAGGUGCUGCCCCCUGCUGGCGGGCUUGGCGGGAGAGCUGCGGAGACUUGGACCCCUUGGCUACUCUGGCCAUCCCACUGCCUGAAGUGACUCCCCACUCGCAAGGACUUGGGUGAGUGGGAACAUUUUUCAGGAGAGAAAAGACGUUCAAAAUUUUUCAAUAUCCAGGAGGCUGAUGUGAAAGAUAGUCUUGAAAGUUUUUUCCCCAUAUUUUUAUUGGUGUAUUACAAUUGUACAUAAUGAUGGGAUUUGUUGUUAACAUAUUCCUACAUACCCACAAGAUGACAAUAUAUUUUGGCCAGCGUCACUCCCAGCACUUCGCCCCUCCCUACCCACCUCUCACCC